CUUUACCCUGUUGUUACCAUGUGCUGCACCAGCAGCAGCAGUUGCAGUGGCAGAACUCCUAUUAAGUACCAAACGAACGUAACGCUCACUUUUAAAAUCUCUACUGUAUCUUCUCAAUAACAAUCUAUGAUCUAGGGUUUCUGUGAGAUCCGAUUAAUCACAAUCCUUCCUUCAAAUUUAAAAGCAAAAAUGGGCGUCGUAAUCGAAAGCUCCGUUUGGGAGCCAAGUCCAUUUCUCCAUAUAUUCAUAUUCCUGUCGUGCUUCGUUUCAAUAUCUGUCCUUCCUUAUUCAUCAAACAAACCUUCCUCUGUUUUCGACAUCGGACUCUCCUCUGCGUUUCAUUGCUUUCAACGAAACUUCCUCUUCAUCUAUUCCCUCGCUUCAGUUUUGGAAGGUUUGUGGUCGGUGUUUGGAGAGUAUGAGUUCGUUUACUAUGGAUUUAGUAAGGAGCAGAUGGUGUUGCUUCUUUGCCUUGGUUAUGCAGCUGCUCUCUUUGUUGGAACUUUUCUAGGCAUGCUCUCUGAUUUAAUAGGUCGAAAGAAAGUUUGUUUGGUAUUCUUCAUCCUGCACCUCUUUGUUGGCAUAUGGAAGAAGAUUUCAGUGCAUCCAGGCGUCUGGGUUGCGAAUAUUUGUUUAUCACUUGCCUCCUCAGUAUUUUCUUAUAAUUUUGAGACAUGGGUGGUUGUUGAACAUGAAAAGCAAGGGCACAGGCAAGAUUCUUUGAGUGACACCUUCUGGUUAAUGACUUUCUUUGAGUCUGCAUCCCUAAUUGGAAGUCAAAUACUCACGAACUGGUUGGUGGGGAGUAAUGUGGAGAAAGGCAUAGCACCUGCUUCCAAUGCAUCUAUUUUCAUGGCAUUAUUAGGAGUCAUCUUGGUCACAAGAGGAUGGACAGAAAAUCCACUAAUGGAAUUUAAGGAAUAUAAGGCAUCCUUCUUUACACAUAUUUUUGGUGAUAGAAGGAUAUGGCUGUUGAUAUGGGCACAAGCUUGCCUCCAAUUUUCUAUAGCAGUCUUCUGGAUUCUGUGGGCCCCAACAUUGGUGGCUGAUGGGCGAGAAGUGCAUCUAGGAUUGAUAUAUCCAUGUUUGCUUGGUGCAAGAAUGCUGGGAAGCACUGUAUUCCCAUGGCUCAUUAGUGGACCAUCUUCAAUUCGGACUGAGGACUGCCUAUUACAUGCAUUCAUUGGGCUGGGGUUUGUCUUGUCUAUAAUAGCUUAUGAUUAUCAGGAGAUCGGAGUCUUAGUCACAUUAUUCUGCUUAUUUCAUGCCUGUGUUGGCUUGAUUUUGCCUUCACUUGCUAGAUUGAGGACCAUGCAUGUGCCAAAUGAGUUGCGUGGAGGGAUGGUUAGCCUUUCUCUAGCUCUUGCAAAUGCAGCAAUUCUGCUUUUUCUAUUGCAGCAAUCAAUCUUUUCUUGGUGUGAUACCUGUCUUCCUGGAGGCAUGAGGAGAGGCUACUAUCACAAAAUUGAGAAUGCAGCAAUGAUGGCAUUUGCAGCCCUUGGGCUGUUCUCAGCGGCUGCUUGUAUGCAUUUACUGAAGAGUUGGGGAAAGCAACCAUACCAAAAUUCCCAUAAAUUAUGAUUUCCUUCCCUGAUAUUGUUUUAAGCACUGGUUGGUGGAUUCAUGGUGUCUUACAUCUAUCACCAAUCGGUGGACAUGAAAGUGAGAUGCAUUUACAAUAGUGAAACGCAUAUGUGCUGUCUAAUUCCAGUUGAAGUAUUCGAAGAGGCAUCUGAUUAUGGGAAUAGGGAAGAGACCAUGAAGUCAACCAAGUUCAGUUUUAAGGCUUAGGUUAAUUUCUGUUACACGAAGCAAGGAGUUUGUACAUAAGUAAUUUUUGGUUGUUGAAUCCUGCAAGUUUUGAAAUUGUCAGGCAGCUAUAGUACCUUGCAGCUAAGCCAGAGUAAUCGAUCAUAUUUGAGCUACAUAGAAAAGCUUGCCUCUGAUACAGUCAACUUUUACAUGGAUGUGUUGAACUGGUAAACUCUUGAAGCCACCACCUAAUAGAAGCUGAUGUUCUCUGAUGUUUGGAUAUAUACAGUCGUGGAUCUGGAGUCACUCUCGAAUUUUAAAGACUUUGCUAUCCACGGUAUGUUCAAUAAAAUCAAGUUGAAAACGAUAUUAAAUUGUUAUAACAAUUCUUUGUAAAAGAUGUUCCUCUCUUCGACCUUAGUGUGUUCUGUAGCUCGAAUUGCUUUGAACCUUCUAUUCCAGUGUUAGCAGAAGUUGGGUAUAAUUUUUUAUGAUUGAGACGCCAA